AUGCCGCAAAAAUCAAUCUUAUCAUUCUUUUCUGGAAAUGACAAAAAAGAAACUGACGAAACAAAUAAGGAAAGAGCUGUUAAUUCACAAUCGCCUAACAAUACUUUACAUGGAAAAAUAAAACGCAAACGCAUCAUAGUCGAAAGUGACGAUUCACUAACCGAAACGCCUGAUAAAAAUGUUCGUAAUCAUAUUAAUUUUGACGAAAGUGAUGUAGAAAUCCCUCAUCAAUCGCCUGCUUUGGCACCUCGGAAACCAACUAGCGAAAAAAAUGGGAAAAAGCUUUUAGAGAAUGUGAUUAAUACUGAAACUAAAAGCGGAUUCAACAACUCACAAAUUGAGCCAAGUAAUAUUAUGAGCAAAUCAAAUACCACUGAAAAGUUUUCGCUGGGUCCUGAAAAUUUAGUUACCUGUUAUGAUCCUAGCAAAGCAGAUUAUCACCCCAUUCAUGACUGCAACUGGAGAGAAGGUGAAAGUGUGCCUUAUCUAUCUUUGACGAGAACAUUUGAAUGUAUUGAAGCUACAUCGGGCAGAAUCAAAAUAACGGAAAUGCUGUGCAAUUUUUUCCGUUCGGUCGGCCUAUUAUCUUCAUUCGAUUUGACAAAUUGUGUUUACCUUUGCCUCAAUCGUCUGGGACCUGCAUAUGAAGGAGUGGAACUAGGAGUGGGGGAAACAGUUUUAUUAAAAGCUUUGGCUUCAACUACAGGUGUUGGGAUUGAACACAUGCGUUCCAGUUUGAAACGAUAUGGUGAUCUCGGUGUUGUUGCUGAAACUAUCAGAUCACGUCAGAAAAUCCUGUCAGCUCCAAAACCACUGACCAUCUCAUUAGUAUUUUCUAAAUUGAAAGAUAUUGCUUCGAUGUCUGGAAAUUCAGCUCAAAACAAAAAGGUGGAGAUUAUUCGCUCACUUCUAGUGGCGUGUCGAGAAUCUGAAACUAAAUACAUUAUACGGAGCUUGUCAGGAAAAUUGCGAAUUGGCUUAGCUGAACAAACUGUGCUUACAGCUCUUGGUCAGGCUGUGGCUAUGACACCAUUCCAUUUUAAAGUCGGCGAUAAAAACACUCGGAUAGUUAAUGCUUCUAAUGGUAUGUCUACUGACCAGUGGAAAACUAUUAUGGAUGCUGCAGUUGCAAAUGUUAAAAAGGCGUAUUGCGUUUGUCCAGAUUACGGCCGUCUUAUAAAAGCCCUUUUAACAGAAAGUCAUGAGUCCCUCGACCAAAUUUGCACAAUCACUCCAGGUAUUCCUCUAAAACCAAUGUUAGCUUCUCCUACUCAUGGAAUCUAUGAAAUUUUAAAAAGGUUUGAAGAAUGUGAUUUCACGUGUGAAUAUAAAUAUGAUGGUGAAAGAGCACAAAUUCAUAUUCUCCCUUCAGGUGCAAGUCACGUGUAUUCACGUAAUCAAGAAGAUAAUACUACAAAAUAUCCUGAUAUCGUGAAUAAUCUGAUGUCUAGGGUGCUUCCAGAGUCUACACUAACACCUCAUGCAAUUAAAUUGCUUGGUGAAAUUGUUAAAAAUAAUAAGAGACAAGUUCAAUCAAAUGGUAUAGUUGGAAAUAAACUAGAGAGUUGUAUUAUCGACUCGGAAGUUGUUGCUUGGGAUCGUUUAGCUGGACAUAUAUUACCAUUCCAAGUUCUAUCAACGCGAAAGCGUAAAGAUGUAGACGAAUCUUCAUUGAAAGUGCAAAUAUGCAUUUAUGUAUUUGAUAUACUUUAUAUCAAUGGUGUAUCUCUAAUUGAACAACCUUUACGCAUACGUCGAGAAAUUCUUCGAGAAGUAUUCCCGCGCAUUUCUGGAGAGUUUAUGAUGGCAACGUCUCUUGAUUCAUCUGAUACUGAUGAGAUCGCAACCUUUCUUGACGAAGCCAUCAAAGGCAAUUGUGAAGGUUUAAUGAUAAAAACACUUGAUCAUAAUUCUACCUACGAAAUCGCGAAACGAUCCCAUAGCUGGUUGAAAUUGAAAAAAGACUAUCUAGAAGGUGUUGGUGAUACUUUGGAUUUAGUGGUGAUAGGUGGUUUUCAUGGCACUGGUAAACGUGCUGGUCGGUACGGCGGCUACUUAUUGGCAUGCUAUGAUCCAGAUACAGAAGAAUAUCAGACAAUAUGCAAAAUUGGGACAGGAAUGAAAGAUGAUGAAUUGGCUUCGUUUUCUGAGUUUUUCAAGAAUCAUGCAGCUGACAAAGCAAAACCUUAUUAUCAAUACACAAGCAGUUUAAUUCCAGAUCAAUGGUUUGAACCUGUCCAAGUUUGGGAAGUGAAGGCGGCUGAUUUGAGUAUAUCACCUGCACACAAAGCCGCAGCUGGUUUAGCCGAUCCACAAAAAGGAAUUUCACUAAGGUUUCCAAGGUUCAUUCGGAUUCGGGAUGACAAAAAACCCGAAGAUGCAACAACUGCUCAACAGAUUUAUCAACUUUAUCAAAGUCAAGAACAGAUAAAGAAUCAGCAUGGGGACGCGCAUACUGGGAAUAAUGACGAUGAAGAUAUGUAUUGA